AUCGUUUCGGGAAAACAAAGACAAGAGCCAUGGACCUGACGAUCCUCUGACUCUCGACUGUCUCCACCUAUACCUGUCCGAAGCUCCCCUGUCUUUUGAACUUCGCGGGGUUCUGUGCUGACUCCUUCGUCCUCCUCUCGCUCUGUACUCAGCUAACAAGCCCUAAAGAUUCCGCCUUUCUGAGAUUCUCGCGCGCUCUUUUCAUGUCAUGCAAGCAUCGGAAAUGAGAUCUUUGAGAACACUCUACACCCACAAACACCUCCUCACUCCCACCUCUAACCCCAAAUCCCUCGCCUUCUUCAAGCCCCUCCAAAACCCCCGCUUCUGUCGCGGUAUUCACUCCACAAAUCAGCGCCUUCUCUCUCAAGAGCCCAGUCUCGCGUCCUCGUCCUCGAGCUCUGAGUCAGAGACGAGCGACACUGCCCCCACUGUUGAUAAUAUCUACGACCCUGCCACCCGCUGGGUCAGAAGCAGUGGCAGGGAAGCAGGGGCGGGUCCUGAGAAUGAAGCAAGAAGUGGGAAUGGCGAAAUUUUCGAAGAAAGGAGGCAUUUUGGGGGUGGUAGGAGUUCUUAUACUGGGAGUAGUAAGAAGGGGAAGAAGCGAGGUUGUUGGGUUUGUUCGAAUUGCGGGUACACGGAUGGACAAUGGUGGGGUUCUUGCAGGUCAUGCCGUAGCGCCGGGACGAUGAAGCAGUUCACGGUGGAGGAAAAUGGCGGCGGGAGUGAGAAAGUGAGGGGUUUCGAGGUGUCGGAGAAUGUGGUGAGGACUUGGCUGCCGCAGCGGGCUGGCGAGGUGCGGCCACUGCGGUUGACGGAUGUGAAUAGGGGGUUGAAUCAGUUAGAGUGGCGGAUUUCUCUGUAUGGACCCUUUGGAGAGGAGAUUUCAAGAGUGCUAGGUGGUGGUCUCGUGCCAGGUUCCUUGAUUUUGGUGGGAGGUGAUCCUGGUGUUGGCAAGAGUACCCUGUUGCUGCAGAUGGCUGCAAUGAUUGCUGAAGGGCAUGAUCUUGGAAGAUCGGCUCCAGUAGUAUAUGUCUCUGGGGAAGAGAGUGUGGAGCAAAUUGGAAGCAGAGCUGACCGUCUAGGCAUUGGCACUGAAGAACUGUAUUUGUACUCAAGCACUGAUAUUGAGGACAUACUAGAAAAAAUUCAGGUUCUUGCACCUCGAGCUUUGAUUGUUGAUUCAAUUCAGACAGUUUAUCUCAAAGGAGUGGCUGGAAGUGCUGGAGGUCUCUCACAGGUGAAAGAAUGUACAUCAGCAUUGCUUCGUUUUGCAAAGAAGACGAACAUUCCUGUUCUAUUGAUUGGACAUGUGACAAAAUCUGGAGAAAUAGCUGGUCCCAGAGUUCUGGAGCACAUUGUGGAUGUCGUUUUGUAUCUUGAAGGAGAGAAGCACUCUACCCAUCGUCUGCUGCGAUCCGUGAAAAAUCGCUUUGGCUCCACCGAUGAGCUUGGCAUAUUUGAAAUGUCACAAUCGGGACUUGAAGCUGUCUUGAAUCCCAGUGAGAUCUUGUUAAGUGAAGAGCAUUCUGAAUCAGAAGUCAUGGCUGGAUUAGCUGUUGCUGUUGUGAUGGAUGGAUCUCGAACCUUUCUUCUCGAAAUUCAGGCCUUAUGUUUAUCAAGCUCUACUGUUUCAAGGCAGGUCAAUGGCAUCCAAGGAAGCAGAGCAGACAUGAUUAUUUCGGUUUUAGUGAAGCAAGCUGGUUUGAAGCUUCAGGAAAAUGCCAUCUUUUUAAAUGUGGUGAGUGGAGUGACACUAACAGAGACGUCUGGUGAUCUUGCCAUAGCAGCAGCAAUCUGCAGCAGCUUUCUUGAGUUUCCCAUUCCCUCCGGUGUUGCUUUUAUUGGAGAGAUUGGCCUUGGUGGUGAGCUUCGCGUGGUUCCUAGAAUCGAGAAGAGGGUGCACACCGUGGCAAAGCUUGGAUAUAAAAUGUGUAUCGUCCCAAGGUCAGCUGAGAAGGCUCUCGCGAGUUCAUCCUUUGGUGACAUGGUCAUCGUAGGGUGUCGGAAUUUGAAGGAAGUAAUAAACACCGUGUUUACCGCAUAAAUUGACCGAGGCAAGAUUGGUUUGUGAUCAAUCAUUACAUAUUCAGAGGGAUGUGACAAUUACAGAUCACAUUGAAGUCUCCACAGUUCGGUGGUCGAAAAGUUCAUGUCUGUUAAGAGCUUGAAAGGGUGGGUAUGAUACGCAGGUUGCACUCAUUCAUGUCAGAAUAUGGAAAACUUAGGCUGUGAAGUAAAAUUGUAAGUCUCUUUGAUGUCUUCAAUAUUUC